ACAAGAAAAGCAGAAACAGCAGAAAAAAAAACAAAAAAACAAACAAACAAAAAAAAAAAACUCUCAGUUUUGAUAUAUGUGUCCAUAUGUGGACAGGGGCCUUAGGGGAUUUUGAAGAAUAUCAAGUCACCAGUGAUGGAACCGUUUUGAAUUUAGUGGGUUUUUAUUGGUAUCAAAGCGGUAAGAUCCAUACUGUCAGACUGUGAUGUCACAAUGUUGUUCUUGUUCUCUGAUUAAAUGUUACUCUAAAAAAUUGGACUACCAUCAGUUGAAUUAUAUUCAAGGAUCUGCUUUCCUGAUAUGAACGAAUCUUCCUAAGUGCAGAUAGAGCGUCUGCGUAGUGUAGCUCUAAACUGAGCUGUUAGUGGAACAAUGCUGCAACAUUUGAGUAGUGUGUGUAUUCCUUUGCGUGUCUUUAUGUGUUAUGUGCCAUUUAUAGUGUAUUAAAGUUGGUAAUGUUGGGGAGUUCUCCAAAAGUUGGAUAAAAAAAAAAAAAAAAAAAAAAAAACUCUGCCUAGCUGAUGAUCAAAUUAAGCUUCAGUAUGAGAUGUGUAGACCGGCAGAGAAAGUGGAUGGAUAGAUGGAGGGUUUUCUUUGCCACCUUGACCCUCAAACAAACAGUUCCUUAACUAUUUAGCCACUCUGGUAAAAAAAAAAAAAAAAAAAAAAAAAGAAAAAAAAAGAUGUUUUUUGCCUCAUUGCAGAGUUUUUAUAGCAAUAAUGGAGAACAAAAAGACGUAUAAAGAGAAUGUCUUUCAUUUUAAAAUUGAUUUCACUACAACAACUUACAGCUGGUCUACUUUCUGGUUUUUAAUUUUGCUCAUUCUUUCUUAAAAAUAUUCAUUAUUUGGAACCCUAACUCUAAGCAUCAGUCACACUUUGAAAAUGUAGGAUGAAUGGAUAGUAAAUGUUCAAAUAAACAGUGCCGUAGUAAAAGCAGUUUAAGAUUUGAACAUGCUCAUGGAGUUAUGUCACCUCAUAUAGUAUUAUGUUUUGCAUUAAAACAAGGAACAGAAUGUAUGAAACACUGAAAACCAUGAGGUUUUCUUUCUGGGGAAGGGAAAGCCCUUCCAGAUGAGGAGGGUCCUACAAACUGUGUGUUGUGUGUGUUGAAACAACGACAAUGAUGAUGAACUCAGCACUCCCCUCAUUCUGUCCUCUCUCUCUUGCAGGGUUCCCUGUGCAGUGGCGACUAGAGCCGAGCUGAAGCUGCAGCGGGCUUAACCGGGCUAAGUACUCCGUCUGAGGAACAACCCCCGCCCAACGUCUGAGGUGGCCAUUCCAGUAAGCAGUAGUCGGUGAAGAGUGACAGCGAGAGGCCACUUGAUCCCAACAGGUUGUGCACCAGUAUGCAGGUGGUGUAUUAAGGAUGGAGGACUCCAGUUUAUGUCUUGGUGUAUCAUCAGCGGUGCCUGACACCGAUGCCCAUCUCAGUAGUGCAGUUUUAAAUGGCCGCUACCCGAUCAGUCAAAAGCUUCACCAGCUCACUGCCCAACUAGGACACGCCUUUCCUGACCUGCACCGCCCACAACAGAUUCCUGAGGAGAAGGCUGUCACACCUUUGGAUGAGAAGACGCACCACGCAGCCCUGGCCAGUCAACCUAUCAGCAGUCAGAUGGCCCUGUUAGCCAAUCAGCUCAACCGAGACAUUGAUGCAGGUGCGCUUAGUGGGCUAAAUGGCCGGGUUGAUCUUCAGCAAUUUCUCAAUGGCCAAAAUUUGGGCAUCAUGUCACAGAUGAACGAUAUUGAAGAUGAUGCUCGGAAGAAUAGAAAGUAUCCCUGUCCUCUGUGUGGCAAACGUUUCCGUUUUAACAGUAUCCUUUCACUCCACAUGCGUACACACACAGGCGAGAAACCUUUCAAGUGCCCCUACUGCGACCACAGAGCAGCUCAGAAGGGCAAUUUAAAGAUCCAUCUUCGCACUCAUAAACUUGGAAAUCUGGGUAAAGGCCGUGGCCGAGUCAGAGAGGAAAACAGGCUGCUUCAUGAGCUUGAGGAGAGGGCCAUCUUGAGAGAUAAGCAGAUGAGAGGGAGUGGAAGUCUUCUCCAGACUGCUCAAACACCCCAUCUUGUCCUCAACAGCAGCUCCAACACCCAUCAGCAGCCAAUGCCGUCAGCCUGUGGCCCACCUCCACUUUCUGGCCUUGCAACUCCUGACACAGUUUCUCAGCCAUCUUCUUCACCGAAGCCAACAAACCAGGAUGAACAGUCCGUGAACCCAGCUAAUGGUUACCGUUGUACAUUCUGCAAAGGGAAAUUCAAGAAGCGCGAAGAAUUAGACCGCCACAUCCGCAUUCUCCACAAGCCCUACAAAUGUACUCUAUGUGAAUUUGCUGCCUCCCAUGAAGAAGAACUGAUAAGUCAUGUGGAGAAAGCUCACAUCACAGCUGAAACCACACAAGGACAGGGUGCCAGUGGAGCUGGUGGCAUGCAAAUGGCCACUGAAUUUCGAUGUGAUGUCUGUGGCCAGGUAUUCAGCCAAGCGUGGUUUCUUAAGGGUCACAUGCGAAAGCACAAGGAUUCCUUUGAGCACUGCUGUCAAAUCUGUGGCCGUCGCUUUAAGGAACCCUGGUUUCUGAAGAACCAUAUGAAGGUUCACCUAAACAAGCUAGCCAUUAAGAGCAAGCCACCACAGCCCAGUGAGCAAGAUAUGGCUGCUGUAAAUAGCAUGAGCAAUCUAGCUCAAGAAGCUCAUGCCAAUCUCUAUUCCCGUUACAUCUCAUGUCUUCAAGGAGGGUUCCUUUCACCAGACAAACAAGGCCUUAGUGAGCAACACCAGAUGUUAGCUAAAGCAGGAAUUGCCAUGAAGGAAAAGGAGAUGUUAGGAAAACUGCUGGGACCAAUGGCAGGGGGGAUGGCACAUGGACUUGGUGAAAAUGAAAAGCGCUCACUCCUUGGUUGUCUCAAUCUUGUACCGCCACUCAAGUCCAGUUGCAUGGAGCGCCUUCAAGCAGCUGCAAAAGUGGCAGAAAUGGAUUCUCUCAACAGCUAUCAAGCCUGGCAGAUCAUGGCUCGUGGUAUGGCCAUGGACAGGGCUUUCAUGCCCAAGGAGCAGCAGCACCAGCCACACAUAACCCCAGGGCAGGAAGAUGAGAUAAGUGGUGCUGUGGCCCUGGCUUCCUACUCAAAGGACAAACAAGACUAUUCCAUGAUUGCUUCUAGUGAUAACUCCAAGCAGAAGCAGCUCUCUGAGGGCAUGCAGGGAUCUAAGGCUUCCAGCGGAGCCAUGAUUCCCAUGAAGGAGGAUGGCAGAGGCUUUGAAAGUCAUCGUGAUCUAAUCUCUCACCAUGGCGGCGCUGAAGCUCCUGGAGGUCUGUCUGGUUUAGGAGCCCCAAACAUUGACUACAAUCUUUCCACCCUGAAGGAAAAGCCUUCAGAGUGCCCUGACUGUGGCCGCGUCUUCAGAACCUACCAUCAAAUGAUUGUUCACUCCCGAAUACACGGCAAAGACAGGAGAGGCCUUGAUGAAGCUCUUCAUCAAGGUGUAGAUGAACGUCGUGGCUCUGCCAGUGACCCUGAGUCCCAGUCCAUCAGCCGUUCCACGACUCCCGGUUCAUCUAACGUGACCGAAGAGAGUGGUGCCGGAGGCGGACAGUCCCAAACAGGGAGCAUUCAAGAUGACAGUCCACAUCCCUCAUCGCCUUCCUCAGAUGCUGGGGAAGACUUGGCGAAGGCAGCGGUGAGCCUGCAGCCGCCUCCAUCCCAGGUCAGGGAGCGGAGCAUCGGAUCGUCCUCUAAAGACUGCCCCUACUGCGGGAAGUCCUUCCGUACCUCCCAUCAUCUCAAAGUCCAUCUGCGGAUACACACAGGAGAGAAACCCUACCGAUGCCCUCAUUGUGACUAUGCUGGCACCCAGUCUGCCAGUCUGAAAUACCACCUGGAGCGCCACCAUCGUGAACGUCAAAACGGCUCCAACACAUCAGGCUCGUCCUCUGGCCACAACACAUCUUCAGACCAUAAAGAUGAUCCUGGGAAAGCAGGUAGUGGGAUCUUCGCCCGACCAGAUGUACUUCGUAAUGUUUUCAAGGGCAUGCCAGCCAAUCUGGACUUCAGAGCUGGUCCGCUGCUGCCACAUCAGUGGGCAUCGGCUGGUAUCAUAGCGCCACAUGAACGAGAUCGCGAUCGUGGGGAUCGGCGUUUUGAUGCGAUCCAUUCAGCUGAGAACCUGAAGACUCUGGAUGGCCAAUCCCCCAUUGUUUCAGCAGCUGACGGUGCCGCCAGCUUCUCCGACCUGAGCAGGGCUUACCAAAGUAUGAUAGGGAACGGAGUCCACUUCCAAGGUUCUCUCCAAGCUUUCAUGGACAAUUUUGUCCUCAGCUCUAUGAAGAAAGAUGUUGCUGACAACCACAACCCUGUCCAUCUCCCAGUUCAGCGUUACCAUGAUAACGGUGAGCCGAAAGCCAAACGUGUUGUCUCAAGUGACCAAGAGAAAGAUGACAAACCAGAAGCCAAGAAGCAUUCAGAGACUGGAAAGCCUGGGUCCCAGUAUGAACCUCUUGAUCUUUCUGUAUCAGUACGUCCUGAGUCUGGACCCGGAUCCCUGCCUGGCUCCUCGAUCACUGUUCACGAUAAUGUGGCUUGGCACGGCUGCCUCUUCUGCUCUUUCUCUACUUCCUCUUUGGAACUCAUGGCUCUACACCUUCAAGCUAACCACCUGGGUAAAGCCCAAAUGCAGCGGGCUGAUGCCGGCAAGGAGAUUCAGCAAGAGGGUGUUCCCACCAACUCUACCAUUCAUUCUUCCAAUAUCAAGAGCUCUGCUUUGGCACUGGAGAGAGAAGGAGACAGAGAUAGUGAGAAAAUCCAAGGAGUUUGGAACAACCACAUCGACCAACCAUACAACCCCUUCCAAAGUGAUUUCUUCAGGAGGUUCGGUGGUCUGUAUGAUGGCUCUUCAAGAGUUACCCCAGGCCUUCAAGGUUAUAUAGCGGAGCAGGGACUGGAACUGCACAAUCAGGUCAUUGGAGGAACACCAUCAGCUGUGAAUGACCAGAUUGCUGACAGGGGUUCCUGUGGAGAAACUGAGUAUGACCGCAUUGGAUCAGAUGAAGAAAUCACAAAAGCUGGGGAGCACAGCAGAUGCGGGACCCCUUCAAACACUCCAAAGAGACCCCAGCUACAGAAUAACUCAGAGGAAGAGGAUGAUGACGGUAGAGUGGCUGAAGAAGAGGAGGAAAGAGAUGAUGAUGAACAAAUGGACUUGGAUAAAGAGGAAGAAGGCAGUCCUGCUUCUGACCACAGCCAGUCUCACGCUAAACAGCUGCAAGAUGACUCUUCUCUUACUCUAAUGAGCAAUGCUGGUUUACCAGCUUCCUCCAACACCAUGAAGCCAUUGUCCCUGGUUCCCCAAGCCCAGAACCAAAACCUGGUGCUGGACAAGCAGUGGCAGCAGGGCCUGGGCCUCCUGUCCUCGGAAGGUGCAUCGGGACUUUUGAAGGCUGAUCCGCAGGCCCACCUGGAGCAGCAAAUGACCAUGCUGUCUGUCCUCCGAGCCUACAGUAACGACUCCACCCCUACGUUCAACGGCCUGGGAGGCGGAAGUGGCGGAUCCAUCACGGGCGGCGUGAAGAGGUCUGAUGGAACCGCACAUCUGUGGCUAGGAGAGGAGGACCAGCCCAUGAUCCAUGACCCCGCCUUGACCCUCGAGUCCAACCAGCUAAACAACGAUCUUAACCACCCUAACAACCAUAACCUGGGUGAGCCUAAAGGGCUGGACGCCCAUGCUGGAAACAAAGACUAACAUCUUCCACCAGAGCGAGGCUCAGUGACGACCACAAUGACGACAAUGAAGGUGACGAUGAGGUGAAGGAGGAUGAAGGUUAUAUGAAGGAAAACACUAUAACAGAGACUUUAUUUAAGAUGAUUUAAAAAAAAAGAAAACUACUACCGUCAGAAGGAAUGGAAAGUGAGAACUGUGAAAUGGGACGUCUAAGACGGUGUUUGAAUUUGCGAGUUGGACCUAAUGACUUUUGCAAGCAUCCUCGCACACUUAUCAAGAUGAUGGCAACCUUCCUUUGUGUUUCCUGUGGUCUGAAUGCAUCUUGUCUUUGUUGUCCUAUACGCAUUGCUUCUUUUUUUCCUUCAGGUCUUCUUUCUGUUCUUUGGAUGAAACUACCUGUCUGAAGAUGACUUCCUGUAAACUAGCCCUGACAUUACCGACACAUUCCUGGAGCUAGAAAAAUUCUUUUGUAACUAGGACUGAAGUAUUAAAAACUAAAUGAAAUCUGUUUCCUUUUCCUGUAAAGUGGAGAUUAUCCUGUUGUACUUGGUAGAAUGUAUUCUACUGCUGAAUAGAAACUAAACUUUAGCAGACUGUUGACUGAGACCAAGCACAUUCCUGUCAAACUAGCGCCUCACCUUUCAGCUGUCAUGACUCCUUGUUUAUGUCUCACAUCAAUCAUGCUGAACAUGGUUAACUACAGACAUGGUCCUUUUUUUCCAACCUGCAGCAUGGUUCUUCCCAAAAAUGAUUUACUAAUGGAGGUAUGACUGGUUGGCUUUUGAUGACGGUGGUGUUAGUAAGGAUUGCGAAGACAGAACUUUCAAACUGCUAUAAAUUCAACACCCUCCAUAACCAGGCCUUCAUCCCACUACAGAACCUGUUCUUUUCAACUGUUUUCUUUAUUUUUUUCAACGCAGCUCUGGUGCUUGAUGUAAAUAGAAAGAUAUACAGCAGUGCGACAAAGUCGACAUUUAAAAUGUUUGCGAGGAGGGAAAGUAGAGGAGUGACAAUAGUUUAUUGGCCGUAGAAUCAAAUGGCCGCCGUUCUUCUCAAGUUCAAAACGGAAGAAUUAAAAAAGAAAAAUCAAAAAACAAAAAGAGCAAGAACAGUUUUCUUUCUUUGAACCCCUACAUCCCUUUUGCUUCAUCUCUCAUGUCUAACCUGGAGGACUGUAGUGUUGCAGAUGUUUGUAUAAUACUGCCACCAAUCAUUGUUGCACAGUGUUACUGACUACUGAAAAUGGUUUGAUGUAUUUACUUUAAGAUGAGAAAAAAAUAGCAUAAAACUGGAAAAAGACAAUGUGUAUAGCCUUAGAUUACAAGUCAUCUGUUAUUGCUACUUCAAAGCUAUGUAACUGUGCUAGACUGUAGGAUGUAGGGUUGACUUUAAUUUGAACUUUUAUAUGUACUGUACAUUAAUGCCUUGUCCAUUUACUGAUCAAAAAAGAGAGAAAAAAAUGAGAAAAAAAGAGGAAAAAGAUGACAAUCGUCUCCUGUGCCCCCAUAUAUACAGAUCCAUAAUGCAUAGAGGGACUUAUCCUUUCUGAUUUCUUUCAUUUGUUUGGAUUCUCAAAAGUAUUUUGCACUGUGAUAGUAUUAUAAAUCCAACCUAUACAGUACAAAACUUGCUAAUUAACUAAAAUGAGCGUGUGUUUGUGUGUCCCUUGGCAUUGUGAAAUGUUUCUGUCAUUUUUUGUGAACCCAGAGGAAAAAAAAACCCAGAGAAAAAAAUUGUCUAAUGCGGUAUGUAUAGUCCAAAUAUAAUACUUCUUUUUUUUUUUUUUAGUUUGAUCAACAUCUAUACUGUAUGUGACUUUUAAAAUGGUUCCUCAGAUUUUAUUUUAUUUUUAUUUUUUUUUGUAUGCUAAUCCCUUUCUGACCUACAGCAUAGACCUGUUACUGCUUUCUGCCGGGUGACUUUCUGAACUUGGAUACCAGCCUGAGAAGAUUUUUGCCCUGCCGAUGUUUUCUUUGCAGCUACAUUGAAAUGAUUUCUGCAGACCACAAUAGACCAUACUUUCAAUUUUAUAGAAGAGGAUAUUCAAAAUCUAAAUAAUAACAAAGGUGAGACAUUGAAAAGUGAGAAGCUAUCCUUUUGGGGGGUUUGGAAGUGGGGUCAAAGCAAACCAGUUGGAUGAUGAAAUCACUGACCAACAGCUUUGACUUUUGACCUUAUCUCUGUUUUCUGAGUAAAGAUGAGAGAUUCACAGUGAGAGUGGAGCUUGGGCUCUCUCCUCUGAACCAGCUAUAACGAUCAUUCCAUUCCACAUAUGAUGUACAAAACCUGUCUUGUGAGCUGAACACUCUAUGUUUUGCUGUAUCCUUAUGGCAGAUGCUUCGUUUUGUAACUACUGAACUGUACUUAUAAUAAAAAUAAAAUGUA